UUUAUCCAUUUAUUGUAGAGUUAAAUUUUGUAUUCUCUGAUAAAAUAACACGCAUUCUAAAUAGUUCUAAAUCAAAAGUCAUGGAAUUGAAAUCAUAACCUGUAGAAAAAAGUACCCUCUUUCAGACGAAUAAAUAAAUUAUAAAACGAUGCAAAAGUUACAAGAAAGUGUAUUUUCUAUUGUUAAAACUACCAGUUUAUCGCCUGCUGUGUUUAGUUUUCUGCAACCAACUGAAGAUUUUUCAGACAAGACCUUGCCAUUGGGUGGAAUCCUCCGUGACACGAAGUAUGGAUGGCUCGCACUGGGUCCGAAGUUCUGCGUCGUAGAUUUAAGAAGCGGCUUAAAAGUAGCUGCAAGAACCUUUGGAAAUGGCGCGAGUAACUGCUUAAAUGUCACGAGUGUGGUUGAACUACCCACUCCUCUAACGGAUAACUCUCAACAGCUGAUUAUCAGCUUAGAACUUGAUGGCAACGAAGGACUAAUAUGUGUGUUCCACAUUAAUGGAUCACAGCUACUCCGUUGUAUAAAGACAGACGUUGUUAUCACGGAGCUGGCAAUCUGUGACGAUGUGCCUAGUGGGCCACUUAUGUGUUUUGAUGGACUGGUCAUGGCAGGGACUUGUCGUGGAGAGGUCCUUGUGUUUGAUCUCAACAGAACUAGCUUGAUACAAGCUUUGAAAGACAUAUCGCAAGGUUGUGAAGACCUAGUCAGAAAUGAAGAGAACUCAACUAAUAUUACAUACCUACCCCUCAAAGCAUUACACAAAAUUGAGCGCCAAAGGGAGUCAGCUGUCAAAAAUGAUGAACACAUAGGCUUACUUUUGAAUGAAGACUCAUAUACAGAAACAGAAUAUUAUUUGCGCGAUCCUGAUGGCACAGCCCUAAUGCAUGCCUUGCAAAGUAAAGUAAGAGUAACAGUACUCCAAUAUAUUCCUCAGUUGGGUAGUCUGGCUGUGGGAUUCAACUUUGGGGCAUUCCAAAUCUGGAAUAUGUUGAAUUUGGAAUUGGAAUUUACAUCACAAUUCAGUACCAAAUAUGUGCCGGUUACACAUUUUGGAUUCCAGGAGCCCUGUGAUGACCCCCGAGCUUUUUGUUAUCUGUGGGUCGUAUUCUCUGACACAGAUAGAUUUGGGAAUAAAUUUCCCUUGGCUGUGAUGUAUUCCUUGACUUAUCAGGGGAAGAGAAUGUUGACGGAGACCAAAUCAUUAUACCAGGAUUUCCUGAUGGCUACAGUCCGUUUCCAAGUGGAGCUGUGUGCAAUAGAAGAUGAAUCACAAUUUAUCGGCGCUCGCUGCCUCUCAUGUCACUCUUACUCCAUCAGUUCUACUUUAGGGGAAGAAGGAGAAGAUACAAUGUUGAACCUCUGUCAACUGGUGUGGGAGUGUUGGGGAGCGACGUCAGCUUGUAUACAGUAUGGCAUGCUGUUAUUUGAUUUAGACCAAUGGUACAAGGAUCAAAUGCCCGCAACAUGUGAGCUGGAAAGUAAUGCGUUCAUGAGCGUGGCCAGAUGUCCUGAGAUCAGUCGUGGCGCGUGUCUCACACUGGACCUGCGGCUGGACCCCGCGUCCGUGUCGCCUUACUCCCACGCGACCAGACUAGAGGAGCAUUUCUACCCUAACUCACUUCAGUAUAACUGUGUGUGCCUCAACACAUCGGAGGCGUCGUCCAUCCACACGGUGGGCGUGCAGCGUCAGAUUUUGCGGUCUAUGUGCGCAGCGGGCCCCAGCUGUUUGUUAAAUCCUGCGCGCUUGCACGCUAUGUGUCGCGCCGCCGGCCUCGCGCCUCUCUACUGCAACGUGCACGCGACCUACGCGCCCACACCGGAGGAACAACGUCACUUUCUACUAUCUGUGGCGUUAGAAGCUCGCCUGUCCCGAUUUCUAAAACGUUGCGCCCACGACUGGGCUACCGGAACACACAGUGGGGUUGGAUGUACACUCACAUUUUUGGUGGAUUGGUGUUGGAAACGAGCAAUCGAGCUGAAGGAAAACGCAAAGGAACUGACGGCGCCGCUGUUCACGUCCUCCACUUUACCAGACAGGAAUGUAGUCCGUUGCUUGGAACACUGCGUGCAACAGCUGACGGCCCUCACGGGGCUUUUGGACGCUGUGCUCACCAAGUGCUGUAACCUGGUUGUGCCUGACGCGCUAAGCGAAAUGGAAGAAAAGUAUAAAGGCAUAGGCACAGUGUCGCUCUACUUCCAAGUUGUGCAGUGGUUUGUGCGCGUGGGCUUGCUGCCCGAGCGGUUGCACUCCUACGAAGCCUUGCCCUACCCCGCGCCUCAACUCUACGCUACUUACAAGAAACGCCGUUUAAAACUUCAUAGACUGCAAGAUAAAUCGGAAGAGGAAUCAGAAAACAAGUCCUGUCCUCUUCUUUACAUUGAUCAACUCAUCGAACACGAGUUUGGCGGUGAAAGAGUACAUACAAUGUGGAUAAAAGGUGGAAGUGAAUGCGGCGGUCUGUACCCGCCACCAUCGCUAUACGCCCUACUCCGACUGUACUUGCUGCCCGACAUCGCUCUGGAGCACAAACAUUCACUCCUGCUCUACCUCUUGCUGGACUAUUCCAUGCUUUACGAUGAAAUGCGGUAUGAGGCGGUGAUUCGUCGGUUAAUGCAGUUCCCGACCAUGUUUGGUCUGAGUAAUACAGCUAUCAAAGCAACGCAGGCGUUCUGGCAUCUUGACCACAGGGACUUUGACUUCGCCCUGGACCAACUACAAUGUCUAACUGGCAACACACUAUCAGACUGGCAACACCACGUUGUAUUAUCCUCCCUACUCGCACAAAAAAAGACCCAAGCGGCAUUGCAAUAUUUACAUGUUAAAAAACCUCCGCCCAUACAAAAUAUGAAGGAUGGGGAAGAUAAUGUGAACGAGCAUUAUAAACUGGAGGAUUGGCAAUCUUGCUGCAAUUUGUAUUUGGCUAGAGGGUUGGUGUUUGAGGCCUUGGACGUCAUAAGGAUGUGCGUACGGAACGCUGACUCGGCUGAGGAUAAGGCGCAUUUGCUGAAUUUCUUUUACAAAGGUUGCCGCAACACUGGACAACUAUCAAAGGUCCUCCAAGUGACCCUAUUGCCGUUUGAGGAGGAGGUCUUCAUAAAGUACCUGCAGGACUGCAACGAGUCGCAGACAUCUGAACUACUUGUCAUGUACUAUUUGCAACAGGCUAGAUACCUUGAAGCAGAACAGUAUAACAGCAAAAUAAAAUCAAAAGGUCGUCCCAAAGAUAUGGCAACAUCCGCGGAAUCAAUUCUGGACGUGUUAGACAGAGAGAGCGCUAGAGACACGCUGGUAGAAGUUCUCUGCUCCACUCUACCUACCAUUGCUACUUCAGUGGCCAGAGUGGCUUUAACGAACUUUGACACGCACAUCACAAAACCAAAGCCUAUGUCAGUCUACGUGCAAGCUACGUCUCCCAAAAAUACAUUCACCUACAAAUCAUCUUUUAUACAAGACACCAUAGAGAAUGCCAGUGAAACGUGGGUCAACAAGCCAAAGUGGAGGAAGGGAAUGAAACGCGCGCUCAACGUUCAAGAAACUCCAUUUAUUUGCACUCCGAAGACUAAUAGAAUAAGGAGCCUACUGGCUUCAGAGCAAAGAGGAUCGGAAGCGACACCACCAAAGCGAGCAAAAUUAGACCUUACUGGCACACCCCGAACACCUAAAAUGCCCUGCAAUCUAAAAGUCAGUGAGGCUCUCAGCCAACAAAUGGCCAGUUUACUGGACAUGCCAGAAGUUCAGACACCACAGAAAUAUUAUGACAGGAGUGGGGCUGAUACACCACAGAGUAUAUUAAAGAAUCGUCGAUUGGACGACCGCGACAGAGACGUGUCUUCGCCCGCGGACUCCAGGUAUCUGUGCGACACGGACGAAGAGGAAUUAGAGACCGCCAGCAACCACACGCACUACAGUGAUUCUACUAAUAAACACCUCCGCUUCACCAUCCCAACGGCGUCGGAAGCGGAGUCGACGCCCUCCCCUAUUGCGAUACCAGUGAAACGAGAACCGAGAGAGACGGAAGAUGAAACUGACAGAGGCGGACAUAGUGACAGCUAUAAGAGUACCAUGAGCGAAGCACAUCCUAUGGAGUCGCCGCCGAAGAAAUUCGCCGCUGAAGAAGUUAGGCCUAAAAAAUGGUACAAGGACACUGUUCGGGCCAGGAUAUCCCUAUCACUCUCGGCUAACAGUAGUCUAUCGGAUGACCCCAACACCUCAAUAGAAAGUAUCGCCGACAUUGCAGUCACACUAUUCAACCCACGCUAUUCGGCAGACAAAAAACGACUUUCGCUCUCGGACUAUAACGACCAAAAUAAAACAGAAAUGGAGAGUGAUAUUAAACAGGAGAAAGAGGAGAUGGAGAUGGAAAUAGAAGAAGAGAAGAGCAUGGAAGGUUCUAGGGUGUUUGUGCCUCGGACGCCGCAAUGUCGUAGAAGUAUUAGAUCAGGUGUGGGACAGAAUAUACCCUUGAAGAACAGAAGUUGUUCCGGAACGCCGGAGCGUAUGGACUCGCCGGUUGCACUAACUCCGUUGCGGCCUCUCAGAGCGACCAGGACCAGGUCCAGGUCACGUACGCCCGAGUUAAGUCCACACUCGUCCCCACUGCCGCCCAUUCUGGAACAACCCAAGCAAGAGCUCGAAACUGAACCACACCCCAAGGCCACUACACUAAGCGCUCCCAGGCAAAUCAGAAGCAGAUCGCGUACGCCGGAAAGACAAGAUAAACUGUACAAAGAAUCUCCACGGCUGGAAGCGAUAAAGGAAUCUCCCACAAAACCGGUCGAAUCACCACCCGCUUCGCCUUCUAGACGCAAUUUGAGGAGCCGGUCGCGUACUCCCGAAGUUACCAUGGUGCCUGAACAACCGGCUCCAAGUCCCCGAAGUUUAAGAAGCCGUUCCCGGACUCCUGAAGUAGCCGUCGUAGCGGAACAAGUUCCUUCAAGCCCGCGUAGUUUAAGAAGCCGCUCUCGAACCCCGGAAACAGAAAUAAUAUCUGAAUCUGACGCUGUAAAGAGUCCACGCAGUGUGAGAAGCUGUAGGGCGAAAACACCAGAAAAACUAAUGUCUCCAAAGACAGAACACGUUUCUAGGCGCAGAAAAUCGCUCACUAGAAUCGUGCUUGAAGCUAAUACUUUUGCCAAAACGAAACAAAUAGAAAAUAUGGAUACUGAAGUCGUAGAAGAGAAGACAAACGUAGAAGAGAAGAGCGAAGCCGCAAUGGAAUGCACGCCAAUGAAAUCUUCGAAAGAAAUACCAAGUUUAACAGACAUUAAUUUCUCGCCUAUAACCAACAAAUCAGUAUUGCAAAGUUCCUCAGAAAGUCUAUCUGUUACUAUUGAAAAGGGGAUUAAAACUACUGACGAUAAUCCAGCAUCAGCAGCAGCAGUAAAAGCUUUGCCAACGUUUACAAUAAAUGAGACUUACAUAGAAAAGUCUGUAUUAUUUAGCUAUGAGAGCAGUGUAGCUGAUAAUUCUAAUAUUCAAGAAGAAAAGACUGAAACAGUCACUAAGAGUCACAUAAAACUACCAGCCUUUACCACUAUAGAUGAAGAUUUCGGCAAAUCAGUACUGCGAAGUGUAGAAAGUAGUAUUGCGGAGUCUAGCAAUGAAGACAUAAAUGUAAAAGAAAAGGCUGAGGAUGGCCCUCAAAUUGGUGAAAAGUUUGAAGGAAUUUCGAGUAUCGCUUUCAAAUUGCAUGAAGCAGAAUUAGGAAAAUCAGUCCUAGCUAGUUGUGAAAGCAGCGUUGCCAAAAAUGAGGAUUCAACGAAUAGAGUCAACAGAAACUUAGGCGAAACCUUUAAAGAUGGCUCUAGUAUAAUGACGAGUGAUAGUGAAGUUGAAAUGAAAGAUAAUUGGAAAUCUCAAAUGGAGACUAAGGCGAGAGUGAUUCAAAGAGAAAAAGAGAGCAUAGUUGAUAUUGAGAGGGAGAUAAAUGAGAUAGAAGGAGAGAUGUCGGAUGACUGUAGAAUUGAGACUGACUCUGGGGAUGGAGAAAUUGACGAAGAAGAUCAUGAUGAGGAAGAAGAGCAUGAUGAUGAAGAAGAGCAUGAUGAGGAUGAAGACUCCAGUGAAAGUGAUGAAGAAGAAAGUGUGGAAGACGAUAGCGAGGAAGAAGAGGAAUCUGAAGUAGAUGACAACAAUGACGGGGAAAUAAUACCUAUCUCAGAUUCCGACGAGUCGUCUGACAAAGAAAGGCUUCAAAUAGAUGAACCAUCAUCAGAUGUGACUACAGAACCAAUUUUAGAUGAAGAAUUCGAAAACUUCUACCAACAUGCUGCAGCUAUAGAACUCGACCAUACAUCCACAGAAUCCGACAAAAUUAAAAAUAUACCAACAAAACCUUACGAAACUAAACCGGAACAAAGGGAAGAACUACCUACUUCAACUGCCACUGACUUAACAAGCGUUAUAGCAACAGAAAUAGAAGUUGAAAGUGAAGUAAUAGUAAUGGAAAGUGAAUCGGUAUUUGAAGAUAGUUCGAUAUAUCAAUUGGACCAAGCUUGUAUGCUGACAAUGCUUACCGAUGACGAUUCCGCCGUAGAUACUAAUCAAUCUAAUUUGAACUAUUCUGAAAGGCAGAAGAUUGAAGAAGGCGAUGUGAAAAUUAGAGAUGAAAAGCCGAUGGAGAUUGAACCAAAUGUAGUCAACGAAUCUAUAAUUAUGGCACAAACCCUAUAUGUAUCUAAAGAACCAGACCAGACAUUCACUGAAUCCGACCAAAUUAAAUGUAUAGCUAUAAAACCUGACGAAAAUAACAAAAUAGCUAUAGAAUCGGAUCAAAUGAAUGAAGUCCCUACUUCGACUGCAGAUAUUGACUUAAAUAAUGUUAAAGCAACGGAAAUAGAAGAUGAAAAUAAACGAACGGUUAUGGAAAGUGAAUCAGUAGGCGAUGAUCAUUCAACAAAUCUGUUGGACCAAGCUCAAAUGUCAAUUCUCACUGAUGAUAAUUCCAAUGUUGAAACUGAUCAAUCUAAUUUGAACUAUUCAGAAGGAACUAAGGUUGAAGAAGGCGAUACGAAAGAUAGAUGUGAUAAACAGAUAGAGAUAAAUAAACCUAAGGCAUCGCCAGAGUUAGCCGUGGAAAUUCCUCGCCUUGAUAUAACGGAGAUUAUUAAAAAGAAAACGGUCUUAGCUGAAGAUUUUGAUACUGAUGACAGAAGCAUUGAAAAAAAACAAAUAUCGUCAUCUACGAAAAAACGUACAACGUCUACCUCCAACAAGCCUAGGGAUGAGGGAGAAACAAAAAUAGAACCAAAAACACCCACGCGCAAAAGGACUCAAUCUACAUCUGCACUCAAAUCUGAGGCUGAUAAAACACCGGAGAGCGAAGUUUCCACGCCAUCUUCUAGAAGACGAUCCAAAACACCUACUUCUACAGAGGUUAGAAGAAUACUCACUCGUCGAGCGUCAAAAGAGCUAGGCGAAGACGUAUCUACAGUAGAUGAAGAAGCACUAACACCGAGACGUCGUUCCACUCGUUCUAGAAGCAAGAAUGAUGAUGACUCAUCCGUCAAAUCUUCUAGAAGUACGGCGAGUGAAAACGCGGGCGAUGUGAAGAGUGUAAGGAAACGCAGGCCGUCGUUGAAGCCUGAACUGACUGUGAUUCCAGAAGUCACUAGUGAGGAAUCGAACUUAGAAACACUAGAAGAAAUUCAUAGUGACUACUCCAAUGCCAGAAGACUGACAAGACAUCAGAAAAAAACGCUGGAUGCCCUGCUCGAGACCAGGAGCCCACGCACCCCGAGGCGUCGCGCGAGCGCUGCCUCGCGCGAGGCAGAUGACGACGCGGCUUCCACUAACUCCGCUCAGGAAGAAGGCUCGAUGGAAACGGACGAAUCGCGAGCGUCGCCUGACUCCACUUCUAGUAUUAGACCACGAGCACGCCUAGCACGGGCCGCCUCCGAGACGAAGUCGUCGCCAAAGCCCGUUCGAGCCACUCGGAGAAUGUCCGUUGAUAUAGCAACAGUGGUGGAGAGCGAGUCCCCGGCGAGCGCGACGCGCGGGCGGCGCGCGUCGUUCGCGCGCGCGUGCGAGGCGCUACAAACGCCUAAAGGCAGGCGGACCUCCUCCGACACCAGGAGUCUACAAAGCUCUCCAAGUUCGGAGGUGGAGACGCCCACCACCCCGGCGACCCGCGGACGACGCAAUCGUCGUGGUUCUACCAGCCAGAAAUAAUGACUUCCAUACAAAUAACACGUCCGAGACGUGCCGCUGACAAAAUUAAGUUCCAAGAAGAAGAUUAUUAUUAAUUUAGUUUUCAAUUUUCUAUUUCUACUAAUAAAAUAUUGUGAUUGCAUUUACAUAAGGAAUAAAAUUAAGUAUAACAGU